ACUAAAGGGAUUUAAAAGGAAGCAGCAAUGAUUAUCUGACCACAGAUGUGGCAGGCAGAAGGCAUGAGAACGAGCUGAAUUGAUACGACUGGCCAGCUUUUCACUGAAAGGGUCAUCAUCGAUUGAUGGGAGUGGAGCUGUUCGGUUGAUUUCUCCCACGAUGGACUGCGCUGACCCUGGUGCUCUGCUCAGCCAGGAACAUCUCAUCUACGCCAUAACUGUCCCGCUGUCUGCCUCCAUUAUACUGGCCAACCUCAUCAUCAUCUUGGGCAUCUUGUGUAACCGCCAACUCCAUAAUACGCCCAACUACUUUUUCCUCAGUCUGUUAGUAGCAGAUCUAUGCACAGGCGUGGCGCUACCGUUCAUUCCUCUGAUGGGACUUAACCGCGAGUUGAGCUUUAGUUCUUGCCUCGUGGCGCACGUUUUCCCUAAUUUCCUUUUCCUGGCGUUUCUCCUUAAUUUGGUGAUGGUACACUAUGAGCGAUACAUUUGUAUUGUGAAACCACUGCAUUACAGCAACUUGUGGAUGCAUCGAAGUUUUCCCCUGGCACUGCUGUUGGUGUGGGCACCGCCGCUUCUGUACGCGUCUCUGCCUGCGUUUGGCUGGAACAACUGGACUGCCCCCGAUUGGAACAGCUGUUGUCAUGGCCAAAAGUUGACCCUUUUGUCAAAUUGUUCAGCCAACGUCACCAUGUGCUGUUCGUACAGACGCGUGUUCCCCAACGCUUUCAUCUACCUGGAGGUCUACGGUCUCGUCCUACCUGCCAUUCUCACCAUCGCUGCCAUGACAGGACGUGUCCUGUGGAUCACGCGGGGUCAGUUGAAAGAUAUCUGCCGGCUCCACCGUUCUGUAGAACGUGGCCAGGCCUCGGACCGGGAGCAACGGCUGAACGUACGCUACACUCGCUGCGUGGUGGCUGUGUCUUUGACUUUUCUGGCGUGCUGGGUUCCCUACCUCAUCUACAUGCACGUGUGCAUUGCCUUCUUGAUCAGCGACGCCAAGGGGAACGCCACCACGCACAUCGUACUCUCGUGUACUGGCAUCGGCAGUAUGGCUGUAGUUCCGCUUGUGUUGGGCCUCGCCAACCGGCAGUACACAGAACCAGCGUACAAGUUGCACCAGAAACUCCGAGACAGGUUGAGGUGGAGGAUGGAGAGAUCUGGAGAGUAUUCAGUCAGAGAAAAUGUCAACGAGAACGUAGUGUAG